AUGGGUCCAUCUAGUUCAUCUUAUACACUACAAGUGAGUUUCCACAAUGUGGAGUCACAGAGGUACAUUUCGGACUCCUUACCUCUUCCGGUUCCCAAAUUAGUGAAACAACCGGAUCCUGAUUUUGCUCCUGUGGUACAUGAGCUCGAGUCUCAAUUUGCUGAGUCGUGUGAAAUGGUUUCUACCUCAUAUGGCGUAUUCAAAAGCAGGGCUGCAGAGCAGGGUUGCAGAAUGUCAGAAUCUCUGCUUAAUCCUGGACGGGCUAGGUUAUGUAAUGCGCAUGAAGAGGUGGAGUAA